AUGGGUUCCAUGCAGGCUAUCAUAAUUGCUUUACAUGACAAUCGUUAUCUACGUCAACUAACUCAUCCCGGUGUUGUUGGACAGUUGCCUAUUAGCAAGGAGUACACUAUUCUCAGCUUACUUCUAAAAAACUUUGCUGAAGCCGGCGUCACCAAGCCAAUCGUUGUUUGUCGUCCUCACCAAAGCGAAGAAAUAAAGCGAUGUCUUCCUCCUGACACAAAUUGUGACAUAAUCGAGGUACGAGGGAAGGCCACCAUUGCUGAGUGUCUUCUUGACUGCUGUGAUAAAAUUGUUGGUGCAUAUGGAGGUCGUUACAUCUGUGUCACCUACGACGAUUUUGUCAUUACUAAGAAUGUCAUUAAGGAUCUUUUCAAGAAACUCUGCCGCAAUGACAGUUACUUUGGAGCUGUCAUCUCCCCCUUCUCUCGUGAUUCGGCCUUUCGAGAUCAUCCUACCGACGUUAUCAUGCUCGAUAAAGACGACAAUUUGGCACAUUAUGUUGCAAACGCUAAGAAACAGAUCGAAGUUCCCCAGAGUCUUAAACAAAAGGAAUUAACUAUUCGUUCUGAUCUUCAUGACUCCGGUUUCUACCUCAUUACUGGCCUGUGUUAUAAGAUGCUGGAAGAUAAUAAUCGGAAUAAUGAACCGAAACAAUUCUUUACGGAUAUUGUUAAUAAACUCCAGUACACCCCUGUGGAGUACACAAUUGUAGAUCUCACAAGAAAUGCUCCUCCGAACUUCAAACUCCCUGACGUAAUGGUUAAGUGCAUGCAAGAACUUUGUCCAGAUCGAUUCGAAAAGCAAUACUGCAGGGCUUCUGCUCUGAUCGUAGAGGAUGCGGUUAUCUGUCGUCGAAUAGAAAGCUUUCAAUCCUACUUGGAUGCUGUGAAGCAGAUUAGAGCUGCUGGUAAACGUGAACAAAAGCCUCAAGAAAAAAAGAAGCCAAAGGAUUCUGGAAAUGAAGACGCCAAAACGGCGACAAUUUUCGAUUCGGAUAUUGGUGAUGAUUGUGCGAUAGCCAGCAGUGCAGACAUUCGAUCUAGUUUUAUUGGUCGCAACUGUACCAUUGGAGAGAAUGUGAGAGUCCACGGUUGCGUUGUUCUUGCUGGGACAACAAUAUUAUCCGACACACGACUCACCAACUGCCUUGUGGGUGAGGAAGCGAAGAUUGGCAUGAAUUGUAAUCUUACCUCCACCUCAGUUGCCCGUGAUCACAAAGUCUCUUCAAAUACGACGUUGGAAAAUGAUUUAGUGGGUUUUUCGGAAAUCGACUUUGACGAGUUGGUCUUGUAA